AUGUCGACUGACAAUACUAUCACUUUCUUCGAUAUUCCGACUAAGGAGCCGAAGACAUGCUGGUCAUUUAACACUUGGAGAGUGCGGUUGAUACUUAAUUAUAAAGGCCUAGACUACAAGACUGAAUGGAUCGAAUAUCCCGACCUCAAGCCAACAUUUGAGCCACAUUUACCACCAAAUGAAAUGGCAGGCGGUAUAUAUACAGCUCCAACUAUCCGGCUCCCUGACGGCACCUACGUCAUGGACUCCAAACACAUCUCGGCUCUCCUUGAGGAAAGGCAUCCUGAACCUAGCAUCCACCUGGAUCCAGAACUUUACGCGAGGCUGAUAGAGCAGCUAAAGGGGGGAAUGGGAAGUUUGACAACGGUUUAUGUUACUCAGGUGCCAGCACGCCUCCUCAGUGAACGCAGCGUUGAAUUCUUCAAGAGGACUCGCGAGGAAAUGCUAGGUAUGACACUUGAAGAAUACGCGAAGUCGGUACCACGGGACGAGGCAUUUGCAAAAGCCGCGCCUUAUCUGCAGAAGAUCACUGGGAUGUUACAAGAGAAGGAAGGGCCAUUUUUCAAGGGAGAACAAGCCAGCUACACUGACUUUGUCUGGGCUGGGGUUUUACUCUUUUUCAAGGUCCAAGGUGAUGAAACUUUCGAAGAUUUCAUGAAGAGCACUGGUGACCGUACAGUUCAUGAAAAGUUCUUGGAAGCCUUGAGCCCGUGGACAAAGCGGCAUGACUGA